AAAAUUUCUCCAGCAUACGUGGCAAAAGGGAUCCUCGCCCAUUUUCCAUACACUGACUUAGGCUUCCACGCACGUUUCAGUUGAAAAUUUCUCGACACCUACGCAAACGCAAUCGCAAACUCUCUCCCUCUCUUUAAUGUAUGGCGGAUAACAAGCAGCCGCUUCUGCCGCCGACAGACGAGUUUGAUCAUCAUCACCUGCACGACCACCUAGAGUCCCUGGCUCCGCCGGCAAACCCAUCUUUUACUUCCACCGCUUCCUUCACUCCCGAUGCAGACGACAUCUCUCCCAUCGUCAGCGUCCGCGACUUCUUCCGCGAGUUCUUCAAAGAAACCAAAAGGCUAUGGCUUCUCGCCGGCCCCGCCAUCUUCACCUCCCUAUGCAAGUAUUCCCUCGGCGCAAUCACUCAAGUCUUCGCCGGCCAAGUUGGCACCUUAGACCUUGCCGCCGUCUCCAUUGAAAACUCUGUCAUCGCCGGCUUCUCCUUCGGCGUUAUGCUUGGAAUGGGGAGUGCUCUCGAGACGCUAUGUGGGCAAGCAUUUGGAGCAGGGCAGCUGGACAUGUUAGGAAUCUACAUGCAGAGGUCGUGGGUGAUCCUCAACUCCACUGCCGUACUCCUCUCCUUUCUCUACAUCUUUGCUCAGCCACUGCUCAAAGCGAUAGGGCAGACCGCCGACAUAUCGAAGGCGGCGGGAGUGUUCGCGAUAUGGAUGAUACCGCAGUUGUUCGCGUACGCCAUGAAUUUCCCGAUAGCCAAGUUUUUGCAGUCGCAGAGAAAGAUGAUGGUCAUGGCGGUGAUAUCGGCAGUGGCUUUGAUCCUGCAUACGCUGUUCAGCUGGAUUUUGAUAUUGAAGGUCGGGUGGGGACUGGUCGGUGCGGCGGUCGUGCUCAACGCGUCCUGGUGGUUCAUAGUUUUAGCUCAGCUGGGUUAUAUAUUUUCUGGGACAUGUGGUCAAGCUUGGGUUGGAUUCUCAUGGAAGGCGUUUCAUAAUCUUUGGGCUUUUGUUAAGUUGUCUCUCGCUUCCGCAAUCAUGCUCUGUUUAGAAGUAUGGUACUUCAUGGCACUGAUUCUCUUUGCUGGGUAUCUCAAGAAUGCAGAAGUUUCUGUGGAUGGCCUAUCCAUAUGCGUGAGAGUGUCAAAUGAACUAGGAGCAGCUCACCCAAGAACAGCAAAGUUCUCACUGGUAGUAGCGGUAAUAACUUCCUUUUUGAUCGGGGCUAUCCUCUCGCUCAUCCUCAUCAUCACCCGGGACAAAUAUCCAGCCCUGUUCUCAAGUGAUUCGGAGGUUAAAGCUCUCGUGAAGCAGCUUACACCAUUGCUGGCAACCUGCAUUGUUAUUAACAACGUUCAACCAGUUCUUUCUGGGGUUGCAAUUGGAGCAGGAUGGCAGGCUGCAGUAGCUUAUGUGAACAUAGCCUGUUACUAUGUCAUUGGGGUGCCCUUGGGCCUAAUUUUCGGCUACAAGCUUGAUUGGGGUGUUAAGGGCAUAUGGAUUGGAAUGUUGUUAGGGACGAUCCUUCAGACUUGUGUCCUUUUCAUAAUGGUUUAUAAAACCAACUGGAACAAGGAGGCAUCCAAAGCUGAAGACAGGAUAAAGAAAUGGGGAGGGGCAACGGUGAAAAGUUCAAAAGAGGAUGGAAAAUUGAAUCCAGAAGAUUGAUCAUCGUCCACAAUUAGGCCAAAAUUAAUUACGACGAAAAAGUUUUCAUAUCCAAACAUAUGACGAGCAAAAUGCUAAUUUAGAGCAUCUCCAUCUGAGGCUAUAAUUUCACAGUUGGAGCUCCAAUGUUACCGGUCUGCUGAAGCUGAGUUAGACUUUGGCAUCAAGCUCUUGGCGUCAAAAUAGGCAGCACUGUCAAAUCCUUUAUUUUGAUUUUUUAACUAAUUCUUCCUUAUCUCUAAAAAAGAAGAGAGAACUUUUUAUUUAUGUUCUUAUAUUUAA